GUGGCUUAGCGCGGCGGGCGGGCGAGAGAGAGUGAGAGGACAGAUUUCUUUGGGGACGUUUUCUCUCGACGAGCCCAAGUUUUGCGAAAGCUUUGCGCCAAACACACUUGGAAUAAUCUUUCUAAUAUAAUAAAGCUGUUGUUUCUGCGGCCUGGCUUCAGAGACUGUACCUUCUCUUGAAAUUCUACAAACCCCCCCUGCGACUGCAGAUUUCUGGUCGUAUCGCUAUCUGCUGCUGUACUUCUGCGCCCCGUACCAAGACAAGACGACCAACGCGCACACCGAUUGACGCGCGAUACAACGUCCAACGCGCACGAGAUCAGACUUGAGGAUUACUUGACGGGGAAGCGUGUGGGAGGCAUGGAGAAUGCGUACACAAAGUCGCCCGCUGAGGCGCUCAGGCAGUUCCAGGUAACAGAGGAAGGAGGCCUUUCAGAGCAGCAGGUCAGGAGCUCGAGAGAGAAGCAUGGCAAGAAUGCGCUGCCAGAAGACCCCCCAACGCCCAUCUGGGAGCUCAUACUCGAGCAGUUCAAGGACCAGCUCGUCAUUAUCCUGCUCGGCUCGGCCGCAGUGUCGUUUGUGCUCGCGCUCCUCGAGGACGACGAGGGCUGGACCGCUUUCGUGGACCCGGCAGUUAUCCUCACCAUCCUCAUCCUGAACGCCGUCGUCGGUGUCUCGCAAGAGACCAGCGCCGAAAAAGCCAUCGCCGCGCUCCAGGAAUACUCGGCCAACGAGGCCAAGGUCGUUCGCGACGGACACAUUACCCGCAUCAAGGCCGACGACUUGGUCCCUGGCGAUGUCAUCUCCGUCACCAUUGGCGACAGGAUACCCGCCGACUGCAGGAUCCUGUCCAUCCAGAGCAACAGCUUCAACAUCGACCAGUCCAUCCUGACGGGUGAGAGCGAGAGCGUGUCCAAGGAUACCCGGGCUGUCAAGGACGCAAAUGCCGUCAAGCAGGACCAGAUCAACAUGCUCUUCUCCGGCACCACGGUGGUCACGGGCCAUGCGACUGCGCUGGUUGUCUUGACCGGUGGCAGCACGGCGAUUGGCGACAUCCACGAGAGCAUCACGGCGCAGAUCUCGGCGCCCACGCCGCUCAAGGAGAAGCUCAACGACUUUGGCGACCAGCUUGCCAAGGUGAUUACUGCCAUCUGCAUCCUGGUCUGGCUCAUCAAUAUCCGCAACUUUAGCGACCCGAGCCAUGGCAGCUUUACCAAGGGUGCCAUUUACUACCUCAAGAUUGCUGUUUCGCUCGGUGUGGCUGCGAUUCCGGAGGGUCUGGCGGUUGUCAUUACGACUUGUCUAGCGCUAGGUACGCGCAAGAUGGCGGCGAGGAACGCGGUUGUGAGGAGUCUGCCGUCCGUGGAGACACUGGGCAGCUGCAGCGUUAUUUGCUCCGACAAGACGGGCACCCUGACCACCAACCAGAUGAGCGUCAACAAGCUGGUCUUCAUCAACGAUGCCGGCAACGGGCUUGAAGAAUUUGAUGUCGAGGGCACCAGCUUCGCGCCCGAGGGCCAGGUCUCGUUCCAAGGCAAGCCGGUGCAGAAUCUCGCGGCUUCGUCCGAGACGGUCCGCCAGAUCUGCGAGGUUACUGCGCUGUGCAACGAGGCUGCGCUGUCCUACGACGCCAAGAACGGAACGUACAGCCUUGUGGGCGAGCCUACUGAGGGCGCGCUCGUCGUCUUGGUGGAGAAGGUCGGAACUGCUGAUGCGAGGGUCAACGCAAGUCGCGCGAGCGCUUCCCCCGAGGAACGCCUCGACUUCUCGACCAAGCACUACGAAAGCCAAUACUCGCGCCUUGCUACGUAUGAGUUCUCGCGCGACCGCAAGAGCAUGUCCGUCCUGGUCAAGAACGCAAACUCGCAGAAACUCCUCGUCAAGGGCGCGCCCGAGUCCAUCCUCGACCGCUGCACCAGCGUCAUCGUCGGCAAGGACGGCAAGAAGGUGCCGCUCAACAAGCAGCUCGCCAGCCUCAUCAACAAGGAAAUCAUCGAGUACGGUAACCGCGGUCUUCGCGUCAUCGCGUUGGCUUCGGUCGAGGAUGUUGGAUCGAACCCGCUCCUUUCCACGGCCAAGACGACCCAGGAGUACACGCAGCUCGAGCAGAAGAUGACCCUCAUCGGUCUCUGUGGCAUGCUGGAUCCUCCCCGUCCUGAAGUGCGCGCCUCGAUUGCAAAGUGCCGCUCUGCUGGAAUCCGCGUGGUCGUCAUUACCGGCGACAACCAGAACACGGCCGAGGCCAUUUGCCGCCAAAUCGGCGUCUUCGGUCCCAAUGAAGACCUCACUGGCAAAUCGUAUACUGGCCGCCAGUUCGACGACCUCAGCGACGCUGAGAAGAUGCACGCUGCCAAGCACGCUUCCCUGUUCUCCCGCACCGAGCCCACGCACAAGUCCAAGCUCGUGGAUCUCCUCCAGCAGGCAGGCGAAGUAGUCGCCAUGACAGGCGACGGUGUCAACGACGCGCCGGCCCUGAAAAAAGCCGACAUUGGCGUCGCCAUGGGCUCAGGCACCGACGUGGCCAAGCUCGCCGCCGACAUGGUGCUCGUAGACGACAACUUCGCGACCAUCGAAGGCGCCGUCGAGGAAGGCCGGUCCAUCUACAACAACACGCAGCAAUUCAUCCGCUACCUCAUCUCGUCCAACAUCGGCGAGGUCGUCAGCAUCUUCCUCACGGCCGCAAUGGGCAUGCCCGAAGCCCUCAUCCCCGUCCAGCUCCUCUGGGUCAACCUCGUCACCGACGGCCUGCCCGCCACCGCCCUGUCCUUCAACCCGCCCGACAACGACGUGAUGAAGCGCCAGCCCCGCAAGCGCGACGAACCGCUCAUCUCGGGAUGGCUGUUUUUCCGCUACAUGGUCAUCGGGACCUACGUCGGCGCCGCCACCGUCUUCGGAUACGCAUGGUGGUUCCUGUUCAACUCCGCCGGGCCGCAGAUUUCCUUCUACCAGCUCCGCAACUUCCACAGCUGCGCCGCACAGUUCCCGGAGAUUGGGUGCGAGAUUUUCGCCAAUGAGAAGGCGCAGGCGGCGUCGACUGUCUCGCUGAGUAUCCUUGUCGUUAUUGAGAUGCUCAAUGCGAUGAAUGCGCUGUCGAGCUCCGAGAGCUUGGUUACCCUCCCGCUGUGGAAGAACAUGAUGCUUGUGUAUGCUAUUUGUCUCUCCAUGGCGCUGCACUUUGCUCUCGUAUACCUCCCCUUCCUGCAAGGCCUGUUCAGCGUUGUCCCGCUCUCCGCGCAUGAGUGGCGCGCUGUGCUGUGGAUUAGUGCGCCGAUUAUUGUGAUCGAUGAGGUGCUCAAGUUCUUCGAGCGUCAGUUCUUCAUUCAGAAGGGCAAUGAGAAGUUGGAGUUGGAUGAGAAGAAGGCUGCGGCUGUGGAGCAGAAUGGCCGGCCGAAGAAAGAGUAGAGUAGAAGAUGUUUCGCGUUUGUGUUGGCGUGGGUAUAGACGCAUGUUUCUUUACGCGUGGGUGGUUGGGCGGCUGGUUGGUUGGUUGGGGAGAUGUAGGUAUUAGAUGGCUGGCUGGCUUGCUUGCUUGCUUGCUUGCUUGCUUGCUUGCGAGAGUUUAUAACAUGCGUUCAUAAGAGAGUAGAGUAGAGUUAAGUAGAGGUGACAUUGCACUGCAUCUAGACCGUUGAAAGGGCUGAAAGAAUAAAAUAUAGAAGAUCACAUUUUGCAUAAGAAGAGUUUAGAAUGGAAAGGAGAGAAGAGGAGAGAGGAGAAGAGGAGAGUAAAUGUGUAAUACCUAUACUCACUGUGUUAAGGUGCUGGAUAUAGCACCUGAACUGUGAUUUUAUACUGAUUUCUCCUACUACUGUGUUUGUAGAAUCCGCUCUAGCGUUACCUAUACUCUUCAAACAAAGCAGUAAUACCUAUAC